UUAGAUUUACGUAUCUUUGGUUGAUGUGUAAAAGUAGCGGGAAACAUACGUUCCAAGAAAUACCAACAUAAAAAUCGUUUUCUAAGACGGAGAAAAAUCGUUAACUUUGUUUGACAUUUUACAAAUAAUUCGUUGUUGUUUUGCAAAAUGUAUUCACUUACGGAAGGAGCACUGGACAAAAUCAUGAACGGGGUUGAAGUCGAGAAGCCGAUAUUGCAAAUAUUGGGUCACAAAAAGUUAUCUAGCUCGAGCAGCGGAGAACGUUACAGGCUUCUUGUAUCUGAUGGAAAACGAGUGAAUUCAUUUACGAUGCUGGCUACGCAAUUGAAUUCAAUGAUAACCGAUAACAUAUUAACAGAAUUUUCCAUUUGCCAAAUAAACAGAUAUGCUAUAAGCAUGGUUAAUAAUGGUGGCAAACAAAAACGAGUAAUGGUGAUAUUAAAUAUUGAUAUGAAAGUUCCUGGUGAGCAAGUUGGACAGAAAAUUGGUAACCCAACGAACGCUGAAGCUGAUGGUGAUUCCAAAUCAACAUCUGGACAAUCUGCACAAACUGUUCAGCAAGGUAGCUUGAUGCCAAAGCAUAAUUUUCAACAAGCUUCUACUAGCGAUAUAACUACGACCCCGAUUGUUGCAUUGAGUCCUUAUCAUAACAGAUGGGUAAUAAAAGCGCGAAUUGUCAGUAAAUCUGGUAUCAGAACAUGGAGCAAUUCACGUGGUGAAGGGAAAUUAUUUUCUAUGGAUCUUGUAGAUGAGAGUGGAGAAAUCAGAUGUACUGCGUUUAGAGAUCAGUGUGAUAAGUUCUACGAUAUGCUUGAGGUUGAUAAAGUUUAUUAUAUUUCCAAAGCAACUUUGAAAAGCGCAAACAAGCAAUUCAAUAAUUUAAAGAACGAUUAUGAGAUGACUCUGACUGGUGAUUCAGAAAUCAUUCCAUGUCACGAUGCUGGAAACGAUAUUCCAUCUCUUCAGUUUGAUUUUAUUCCAAUAUCUGACAUAGAGCAAAAACAAGCAAAUGACUUAAUAGAUGUAUUGGCUAUUGUGAAAUCUUGCAGUGAUUUGCAAAUGCUAGUGUCACGAAAUACAGGUAGAGACAUGAAAAAGAGAAACGUUAAUCUUGUUGAUGAGAGCAAUAUUAUGGUAUGUCUUACAUUAUGGGGAACGCAAGCUGAAGAAUUUAACAGAAGUGACAAUCCGGUUUUAGCUAUCAAAGGAGCGCGUAUUGGCGAGUUUAAUGGUGGAAAGAACUUGUCUACUCUUAGUUCAACUGUUAUUCAAAUUGAUCCAGAUAUUCCAGCAGCACAUAAGUUACGAGGUUGGUUUAACACACUCGGGCAUAACGAAGAAACUAAGUCACUUUCAAGAACAUUUGAAAAUAUGUCUGAAUCGACUGGGUCAUUGAUCACAUUUGCCGAGGCAAAAGCAAAUAACCUUGGUGAAAAGGGUGUUGACGUGUACACGGUGAAGGCGACUAUUAAUUUGUUACGCAGUGAAAAUGCUUUAUAUAGAUCUUGCCCUUCUGAAAAUUGCAAAAAGAAAGUGAUAGAUCAAGCAAAUGGCAUGUUUAGAUGUGAAAAAUGUAACAAAGAGUAUCCCAACUUCAUCUAUCGUUUACUUGGAAAUGUAAGUUUGGCAGAUUGGACAGAUAAUCUGUGGGUUACAACAUUCAAUGACGAAGCAGAGAAAAUAUUAGAUGCCACAGCUCCAGAGCUUGGAGAAUUGAAGGACAAUGAUAACGAUGUAUUCCUUGAAAAGUUUGGUAACGCAACAUUUAAAAGCUUCAUAUUUAAGAUAAGAGCAAAAAUGGAAACGUUCAAUGAGGAGAACAGAUUAAGAACAACAUGUAUUGGUAUAAUCCCAAUCGAUUAUAGAGUUUACAAUAAACAUUUAAUAGCCAAAAUCAAAGAAUUAUCUGGUAUCGAUAACGCUUAAAGUUUUUCAGUUUGUGAUAUGUUUUUUCCAGUAAUAUACGGUAUGAGUUUACCAAGAAAUCUUUUUUUUUAAGAAAAAUAGUUUUUUUUACAUAAUUAAUUUAUCAUAUAUUGAAUUAAAAGUACAUGCUUUCCUACAUAAAUAAAUAAUAGUUUUUUAUA